AAUUAGAGUGUGUGUGUGUGUGUGUGUGUGUGUGUGUGUGUGUGUGUGUGUGUCAGAGACAGAAAGCAGCCCAGAUUAAGUGCAAAAGGAAAGUCGGACUCGUUUUUCUGCAUAUCUCAGGAAGGUGGGACGUCCUCGUGCACACACAGCUAAGCUCAGAGCACGAACGGAUGAGCACGAGGAUUGUUUCUUUGGAUUCUAAGUCUCUGGAUUUAAACUCUCGAUCUGCACCGAAGAUGUCUGCCAAACCUCCUCCGGUGGUCAGAAGAAAUCCCUCAGGCGUCCGAGUCAUGAUGCCUCCAGGAGAGCAGCUUCCUUCAGGUGCACUGCCCGUCUACAGAGACACAGGCAAAGAGAACAGUGACACUGCAGAGCCUGAACAUACAUCUCUACUGAAUGCCGAGAGAGAAGUGGAGAUUCUGAACCACUGCUUCGACGAUGUGGAGCGAUUCAUGGCUCGUUUGCAGCAGGCGGCUGAGGCACAGACUGUUCUCAACCAACGGAGGAAGAAGGGAAGCAGGAAGAGCAAAAAGAAAAACGGACAAGCUGAUGAUCUGCUGACCUUGAAAGCUUGCCCUCCACCCGAGGAGGAUUUUGUGGACAUCUUUCAGAAAAUCAAGUACUCCCUCAGUCUGCUGGACCGUCUCAAGUCCUCCAUCACGCAGCCGGACGCACCAGAACUUCUGCACCACAUCUUUGUGCCUCUGAGAUUGCUGGUGAACACCACUGGAGGACCAGCGUUAGCAGCCACAGUGCUCAGCCCUGCCAUGACGAGCGGCGCCGUCUCCACGCUCCAGGAGCAUCUGACUGAAGAGGAGAGGGGGCUGUGGACUUCUUUCGGGCUCAACUGGACUUCCCCCUGUUCGCACCUCGGUGUGUCUGUUCCUCCAUACACACCUGUCUUCCUGGACGGGUGGCGGCCGCAGGCUUAUGACUCAACAGGCCAGCUCCUGGAAGAUCCCAUCGAGUCUCAACACAAACAGGAUGCUCACAGCGAACGAAGGGCGGCACAGACUCUGCAGGAACAAGCUCAACAGAAUGUGGAGAGUCGUGGACAAAGCACUGAUGAUGGAGAAGAUACCAUGGUUCCACACGUAGGUGAAAGACUCUACUGCUGCAGUUACGACUUUGUGGCGAGAAACAGCAGUGAGCUCUCUGUGCUUCAAGGAGAGACACUCGAGGUAAUCGAGUCGUCAAAGCGAUGGUGGAAAUGUCAGAAUCGUUUUGACCAGAUUGGAUUUGUUCCCUUUAACAUCCUGGAGCCUCUGUCUGCUCUGAACAACACGGGGAGGGACAACCAGGUGGUCCGCAGAGAGUCCAAGAAGAGGCCCCUUUCCCAUCCGACAAAGUUCUUCUCUUACGCUCCAGGGAGUCCGGAUGGGAACGGUCCCAUGAGCCCGCUGCGACCACAGAGCAUGCUCUUACCAUCGACAACACUGCAGGGAGAAGACGGCGACCGAGUCAAUGUCGUGAACGAUGAGCUCCUCCAGCGAUUGGCUGGGAGAAAAGGCUCGACUCGUCCACCGGUGGCCCCCCGCACAGCUGACACCUCGACCCCCCUGAACUACCACUCACCUGCAGCGGAGGUGGAGGUGUGGCUUAACGCAAAGGGCUUCAGUCAGCAGACCGUUCAGAGUCUGGGCAUCUUAACCGGAGCUCAGCUGUACUCCCUGAAUAAGGAGGAGCUCCGCACGGUGGCACCGGAGGAAGGUGUUCGAGUUUACAGCCAGAUCAUGGUGCAGAAGGCCCUACUUGAGGAUGUGCGUAAAGCCACAGAACUGGAGACGGUGAUGGAGAAGCAAAAGAUGAAGAUUGCCCUGAAGUCGUGAUCAGAGGGUGACGUUGCGGAGGAGCUCCCAAACAGCCACUGAUGUAGACAUCGACAUCAAAGAUCAGUGGAGAUAGUUGAAGUAUUUCAUACACAGCUCAUACUCCAGGGAGUGAUGCUGCAGAGGGACUUUACUCUUCUCGAUCUCCACCGUGCAUCAGAAACAUCACCAAAACGAGCCGUGUUCAAAUCGAAGCUCGCUCAUUUAUAGUCUCUCACAUUGUGAAUUUAUUUUUAGACAUUGCGGCUUUUAAACUCACCAGUGUUCAUAAUAUUGUUUUUGCAAUAAAAAUGAAUGCAAUCAACAAACGUAAUCACCUCCUGCUGAUUAGUUUGAUGUGUUCAAAAUGGACUGAAACAGCUUUUUAGCGAUAUUUAAAAUAUAAACAAA